AGAAAGUCUGGCAACUCUAGGGCCGCGCACGUCUGACAUAUUCGCGCCAAAAACGGAAAACAAUUGAGCAAAAGUAAACAAUUUGGUUUUGCUAAAAUGACGACAUUGGUUGAACAGCUAAUUUCGAAAAUGGGUCUUGGCGAAGAGCCCAAUGUAUUAGAGAAAACAACGGAGCUACUCAGAUUGCUAGAGCUUCGAUCGACAAAUGUUCCUCUGCAAAUAAAUGAAUAUGGAAAAAUAGUAUUGUGCGCGGAUAUUGCUUGCAGUGUGUUAGAUAUUGGCUUUGACAAAGAGCAGGCGCUUAAACUCUCCGCAUUGCGUAAAACUCACUAUGCCAAUAACAAGCGAAUGUUUGAGAAAUUGCUUGAACUGAAUAAAUUGGCUAGCAUCAAAGAUAUUUGUGUGCAGCUCAGCUUGAACGAGGUCGCACAUAAGGCGGAAGAUAUCCUAGCUAUGUUCAAAAAAUUCGCACGUGACGAUGCUGAUCCAGAUCAUCCACAAUAUGCCGCAAUGGCCGUAUUCCACGCCUGUCGCCUGCUUAAGAAGAAAGUAUCCAAGCCCAAAUUAAUGCCAUUUAGUAACUUGCGACCCACACAAUGGCAGCAACUUGAGCAACAAUUUGAGCGCCUGAUCGCAAAACAUUUAAAGGAUUUAAAUGUGACGACGGCGGGCGUAAAAAACAAAUUCACACAGCAGGAGGAGCAAAAUGGUCUGAGCAAGAAGCAGAAGAGUAGCGAAAAGACUGAAAUCGAAGAAUAUGAAAAAUGGAAGAGUCGAAUGCUAGCAACAGCUGAGGCUAAACUCAAAGAACUGGAAAACAUCGCUUAGCAAUAAUAAGAGAGAAUCAAUUUUAUUUAUUAAAAAAGUAUGUUAAGUUUUGCUUACUUUAAACCUAUGUAUUCUAGUUUCAUGCUGUCCUAGCUAAGCUAAGUUAUUCAAGUCAAUGUUUUUUCUCCUUCUCAAUGUGAGUCAGAACGUGAGAGAUUAGCACAUCGCCUACAUCUUGUAGUUCUCCGUUUUGUUUGUGAGCUGAAAGUAAUUAUUGUGUAUUAAUUGCAUUAUAUAUUUAUAAAACAUGCAUUCGCAUACAAUUAUA